UCCAAAUCCUGUGCACCUACAGACUCAAACUCCGACAAAUUUUCCCUAAAUACUAUACUGAAAAAGCUCAAAAAGACGAUUUGUGUCACUCCCUAAAGUUGGCUUUUUAGCUUAAAUGUCAUUUGCAACAAUUAAAGCGUAGUUUUUGAGCUAGAUUUUSAAAGAUAGCUAAAUUUGUUCGUCCUUUCGCAAUCCCGCCUAAGUCAAGUGAAGUGGUUGAUGAUCGCAUCCUGGGAGUUUUGUCCUGAAAGUUGAUCCAAACAAAGUCCACCGAGGGCGAUUUUCACGAUAUUGCAUGGAGAACUGGUAGAAAUACUUUCUUGGGAUACAGUCAAGUUUACAAAGCAAUCCACUUCCAGUAUGAGUUCCAUUGAAGAGUUCUACRUUGACAAAUGUGUGUUUAUAACUGGUGCCACAGGUUUUCUUGGUAAAGUUCUCCUUGAAAAGCUCCUUCGGGCUUGUAGAGGGGUUAGGAAGAUCUAUGUAUUGGCCCGAGCUAGAGCUGAUCAGACUCCUCAACAGAGGAUGGACAGAAUAUUGCAGUCCAAGUUGUUUCAGCAAGUGCGAGAAGUUCCUGAGCUGAUAGGCAAGGUCACAGCUGUCAAAGGAGACAUAGCUGAACCUGGUCUUGGGAUGUCUCCUGAAGACAGGAGACUUAUUAUUGAUAAUGUACAAAUUGUCUUCCACUCUGCUGCAACUGUGCGAUUUGACGAGGAAUUAAGAACUGCCAUCCAAAUCAAUGUCAAGGGAACAGAAGAGAUGAUUUAUUUAUGCAAAGAAGCAAAGCAUUUAGAGGUAUUAGUUCAUGUAUCAUCCACAUAUGCCAACUGCGACAGAGACUACAUCGAAGAGAAGAUUUACCCACCAACUGUCGAACCAGAAAAACUCAUUACUUCACUAGAAUGGAUGACUGACAAGAUGGUYGAAGCUCUAACACCAGCUCUCAUUGACAAAAGACCAAAUACAUAUACAUUCACCAAAAGCCUGGCUGAGCAUGUGCUAUCCCAGAAGGCAACAGAUCUCCCUGUGGCUAUUUUUAGACCAUCAAUCAUUGGUGCUUCACUCAAGGAGCCUAUUCCUGGAUGGGUUGAUAAUUUUAAUGGACCUUCUGGCCUGUUUGUAAUGGCAGGAAAAGGAAUGUUGCGAUCUAUGAGGGGGGACCUGAAAGCUAUUUCAGAUAUCAUCCCAGUGGACAUUGCUGUCAACAUGUUGAUUUCUGUGGCUUGGAAAACUGGUACAAUGAGGAGUGAAUGCAUCCCAGUUUACAACUGCUGUAGUGGGACAAUAAAUCCAGUCACAUGGGGAAAGUUGUCUCAAAUAAUGAUGGAGAAAUUUGAAAACUAUCCAAUGGAAGAUGUUUUUAGAAGACCAAAUUUUGAAUUUGAAUCACAAAGGUUACGCCACUUCUACUGGACAUACAUAAGUCAUAAGAUUCCAGCAGUGAUUGCAGACACCAUGACUCUCCUCAUUGGAAAGAAACCAAGAAUGAACAGACUAUAUAGCAAACUUGACAAAGCUACAGAAGUCCUGACUGCCUUCACCAUGAAGGAAUGGCAUUUUGCGACUACUAAUAAUUUGAAGUUGUUGGAAGAAUUAACUCCAGAACAUAAAAAGGUCUUCAAUUUUGAUAUCCGGGAUUUUGACUGGAGAGAGUACUUUGAAAACUUUCUUAUUGGAAUUAAAACGUUUCUCCUCAAAGAAGAUACAUCAAACUUACACAAAGCACAAAGACGGAUCAGGAAACUUCGCAACAUCCGCUGGAGCAUGUAUGCCCUAAUGUUGGUAUUAUUCUCCUGGAUCCUCAUCAAAAAGGUCCCUGCAGUCCGUGAUUUCUCCUUUAAGAUACUAAUGAGAGCAAAAGUGAUCUUCCGAGCACUGGAGCCAUUAAUGAUUGUCAACUAAAUUGGUCGCAUUAUCAGAUUUACACAAUACUCCAAUUUCGAGUUCUGGUUUGCUCUGUGUUAGCCUCAAAACCAAGCAACAUAUUCUUUUGUUUUAUUGAU